UUGAAGAUGCAUGGAAGUCGUCCUCUUUUAUGAGAGGAGAUCUAUUUAGAUGAUGAUAACACUAGAAAUAUGCCUUUAUGUUUUACAUUAGUCUAUUAUUAUUUUAUUUUUUUCAUGCAUUUUUAUUUUGUCUUCUGUUUUUAUUUCUCCGUCUAAAUAUAUUGGCUGGGAGUUAAUAGUUUAACCAGUUUUAUAUUGUUUACUGUAACCAGUUUUAUAUUGUUUACUGUCAUCCCAGAAGCACUCAAUCAUGUUCAGAAAGGAUCCAGAGAAAACUCAACUGGUCACCGAGAAAGGCACCAUGUAUAGCAUCACCAUGGGAAGUGUGUCCACAGAUGAGAUAAUGCAGAUGGAGAAGGACAGCAACAUCAAGCAUUGCCAUGACAACAGCCAGGCUACGGAGGACAGGGAGCGGGAGAAGCAGUUGGCCAGGAAGAGGCUCUACGUGGUCUCAGCUGUUUGCCUGGUCUUCAUGAUCGGAGAGAUCCUGGGUGGUUACUUUGCGGGGAGUCUGGCGGUGAUGACCGACGCCGCCCACCUGCUGGUAGACAUCGCCAGCUUCAUCAUCAGCCUGGUGUCUCUGUGGCUCUCGUCCAGACCCGCCACACGCACACUCAGCUACGGCUGGCAUCGUGCAGAGAUCCUGGGCGCUCUCCUCUCGGUGGUGACCAUCUGGCUGGUGACAGGUGUGCUGGUCUACCUGGCCGUGCAGCGCCUCAUAAGCGAUAAUUACGAGAUUGAGGGGACCAUCAUGCUCAUUACCUCAGGCUGCGCUGUGGUGGCAAACAUCAUUAUGGCUUUCACCCUGCACCAGUCUGGGCAUGGGCACAGCCACGGGGGCCUCAGUAGCGGGCACGGCCACAGCCACGGCAACAACGACAAGGGCAACCACGGUCACAGCCACGCGGUGGGCGAUGGGCACGGGCACAGCCACAAAAGUAACCACUCGCACGGUAACGGUAACCAGGAAAACCAUUCCCAUGGAAACGGCAACGUGGAGGAGCACGGUGGGGUGGAAGUUCAGCUGCACGAGUUGGCGGGGUCGCGACCUCAGGCCAAUGCCAGCGUGCGCGCCGCCUUCGUGCACGUUGUGGGAGACCUGCUCCAGAGCAUCAGCGUGCUGGUCAGCGCCAUCAUCAUCUUCUUCAAGCCCGAGUAUAAGAUAGCUGACCCUAUCUGUACGUUCCUGUUUUCAAUAUUUGUCCUGGGAACCACCAUCACCAUAAUGAGAGACAUCCUGAUAGUCCUCAUGGAAGGUACCCCAGCUGGAGUGAAGCACGGUGAGGUGAGGAAUCGGCUGCUGGCAGUGAAGGGGGUAAAGUCUGUCCAUAGCCUCCAUAUCUGGGCCCUGACUAUGAACCAGACUGUGCUGUCAGCACACGUGGCUAUAGAUGACUUAGUGGAUGCCCAGCCAGUCCUAAGGGAGUUGACCCAAACCUGCUUCUCCAACUACAACUUCCAUUCAGUCACCAUACAGCUGGAACAACAGGCCGACCAGAAGCCUGGGUGUAGCCUGUGUGAAGAGCCCAAAAUGUAGACAUCUGUUUACGCCCAUGGGAGAGGCCAGGAGCCCAGAUGAAUAAGCUACCAAACCAGUAUUUAGUUGUAGCCUGCACACAGUCUUUUGGCCAGUGCUUGACUUGGCCAGGAACAUACUGGAACUGAGUUAUAUCACCUCACAUUUUCUACUGCUUGAGUUUCUGCACCUCUUAGAGAAUAUUGGCUUAAAAUAUUGUGGAGUUCCUGCACCUUAAUAUAAACAGCACCCAAAAUAGAAUAGAAUACAACUUUAUUGUCCAUGUGUUACAGUACCGGCACCUAUUUCAGCCCACUUCAAGCACUGCGGUUGGCUGAUAUAUCAUGGAUAUUGGACCAGAGGGGUAUACUACAAAGCAGGAUCAAUGGGUUAGCCAGCUAACUUGCCUAAAUAUUCUGAAAUAACUUUUAGUUUUUAACAAAUUUCAUGCAAUUCUUCUACUCAUUCUGUCAUGGGCGGAUAAAAAGAUUAGCAGUUUUACAGUGGAUUUCCUGCAAUUCUACACAUAGGGUGGAGAGAAAUGUUUGCAAAAUCAAACUAACAAAAUCAAUGGGGCCCCCCCGGUCAGUAAUUCACCCAUGAUUACUAGAAGUUUAGAUAACUGGCUAGACUAAUUUACCAAUCUACAAUUUUUUUGCUGACAUUGAGUGACUGUCAGUGACUGACAUAAACAAGAGAAUUUGCCCAACCAAAUUUCUAAAUUGCGUAUUAUACUAUUCUAACUCUCACACGGUAAGUUGAGACCCUGAUUGAGUUCCCCCACAUACCUGGUCUAAUUGACUCAACAACCAAAAACACAUAUCUAAGUUUCUUAAUGAACCAGAAAAUCAAUGUUAUUUUGGGUUGUUUAUCGAAGAUAGCUGGCUAACUCAUUGAUCCUACUUUGUAGUUUACCCCUUUGUUGUGUGGUUAGUUUAUUUAUCUCUGAAAUCAGAGGUGGUCAUUCUACACUCACAAGAAUGUGCCUCUGUGCCAACAUUCCCAAAGAAGUAAAGAUUGAAGAGAUCUGGGAUGGAGUGCCUUACCCGAUUACAGGCUCGAAAAGUGUUGCACGCACCAUAUAUUAUAUUUAUAUAAUAUAUAUAUUUGUAUCUUAUUGUAAGUACACAUUUUAAAAUGUAAUUUGACUGCUUAAUGGUUUAGGUGUCUAUAUCGAAAUGCUGGUCACUGUGUAUUGUUGAAAGAAAAUUAGAUGAAACCGCACAGUGUUAGUGUCACGAUCGUCAUAAUAAGCGGACCAAGGCGCAGCGUGAUAGGCGUACAUACUUUUAUUAGUGUACA